CCUUCGCCUCGGAGCUGAGGCAGUUUGGGUCCCCGCAGCAUUCAACGUAGUCGAAGAGGUGCAGCACAGAGAGUGUCACCGCCAUCACUUCUCACUUACGCUCGUUUUCAAGACGGAAACUUUUUUCACACGAAAAAAAACAAACAAAAACCCCAAGCAGGUCAACGAAGCGGCAGGUGUUUUAAACUUGAAGGGGUUUUGGAAAAAUCCUAAGAGACGGAAAGAAACUUUUCCUUCUUUUUGGUCUGGUCCGUCGUCCAGGAGGAGAUCCGCCACCAACAACAAAACAAUCCAAGGCAAAAAACAAAAAGAGAGUAGAGGUGGAGACGGCUGCAGCAGAAAACGACAGGUUGUUUUGGUCCUUUUUUCUCUUUUUUUUUUUAAACAAUCGUGCCAAUCAAGUCCACAGCGGGGGGGAACUAGGUCCGCGCUGCGCUCUGUUGCAUGGCUUGUUGGUGCCCGCGUUAUCCCAUUUGCCCCCAAAAGACGCGCCGCCUCCGCUGCAGUAUUAAUAAAUAGAUGUGAAAACUUCAGCGUUUGGACGACCGUCUUCAGCCGGCACUUUAUUCGACAGUGACUCGAGAUCCCGUCGAAGCAACUGGGGGGCUUCAACUCUCCGAACCGAGGAGGCGGAGUCUUAACUUAUUAAAAAGGAACUUGCUGAGGCUCCGACGCCCGCAAAUAUGAUGAUGAUGUCUCUGAACAGCAAGCAGCCUUUUGCUAUGGCUCACGCCAGCUUGCCCGAACCCAAGUACUCGUUGCAUUCCUCGUCCUCCAAUUCCAAUGCACCGUCGUCCUCCUGCUCGUCCUCCCGACACAGCAACAGCAUCAUCAGCAGCAGCGGCAGCAGCAGCUCGGAGGCGAUGCGCAGAGCCUGUCUCCCAACCCCACCGAGCAAUAUAUUCGGAGGCUUGGAUGAGAGUUUGUUGGCCCGGGCUGAAGCUCUAGCGGCGGUGGAUAUAGUCUCGCAGACCAAGAGCCACCACCACCCUCCACAUCACAGCCCCUUCAAGCCGGACGCGACCUACCACACCAUGAACACUCUCCCCUGCACCUCGUCUUCCUCCUCCUCCUCCGCGGUGCCUAUUUCUCAUCCGUCCGCGCUGUCCGGCCACCACCACCACCACCACCAUCACCACCACCACCAGCCUCACCAGGCGCUGGAGGGGGACCUGCUGGACCACAUCACCCCGGGACUGGCACUAGGAGCCAUGGCGGGGCCGGAUGGCUCGGUGGUUUCCACGGCUGCGCACCCUGCCCACAUGGCGGGCAUGAACCACAUGCACCAGGCGGCCAUCAACAUGGCUCAUGCCCACGGGCUACAGCAGCACAUGGGCAUGAGCGACGUGGACGCGGAUCCGAGGGACUUGGAAGCCUUCGCGGAGAGGUUUAAGCAAAGACGGAUCAAACUCGGGGUUACCCAGGCGGAUGUAGGGUCAGCUUUAGCCAGCCUGAAGAUUCCUGGGGUGGGCUCCCUCAGCCAAAGCACCAUCUGCCGCUUCGAGUCCCUCACGCUCUCCCACAACAACAUGAUCGCUUUGAAGCCCAUCCUGCAAGCGUGGCUCGAAGAAGCGGAGAAAUCGCACAGGGAGAAACUUAAUAAGCCCGAGUUGUUCAACGGCGCGGAGAAGAAGCGGAAGCGCACGUCGAUAGCGGCGCCGGAGAAGAGGUCGCUGGAGGCCUACUUCGCCAUUCAGCCGCGUCCCUCCUCGGAGAAAAUCGCAGCGAUCGCAGAGAAGCUGGACCUGAAAAAGAACGUGGUGCGGGUCUGGUUUUGCAACCAGCGGCAGAAACAGAAACGAAUGAAAUACUCGGCAUGCGUCUAGAAUCGCUUUAAACCACCAGACACAAAAAGACUUGGAACUGUUUUAGAGACGAUGUGUAUCAUAUUUCCUAUCCCACAGCCUCCCCCCCCUCCUCCUCCAAUCAUCGAUGACUUUGUGCUUUUGAACUUUGAAAAAAAAAAAUCCUUAAAAUUGAACAAUGACUGAAAAAAAGCUCGACCCCCCCCAAGAGGGAGACGUGGAGUCAAGUAAAGCAUCGUUUGACAGAGCAAGUAAGACCACUGUUUCCACACUUACUAUACUUCACCUUUCUAAUGUCAACGCAGUAUGACUUUCAGGACUCUAUAUGCUUUCAUUUUGAUUCAUGUGUCAUUUUUAAACGAGGAGUAUGGUUUGCGUUGGCAGAACUACCCCGUUCAAAACAGCUUUGUUAUUUACACACGACGGGGCCAGUUUAACUCGAAGCACUUGGUUGAUAUUGUUGUUUAUAUCUUUGGCUUAUAGGAUAAGCUACGUCCCCCCCCCCCCGAGUUCAUGGCGAUGCAGUCUGACAUUUAAUUCAGGGUCCAUGGAGGGGAUUAAGAGGAUAACACUGCUUGGUGUUGAAAGCUUAAUAUUCGAUUACUGCCAAAUAACCCCUUUGUAAAUGAAUAAUUUAUUUGUCACACACUUAAUUUUGUGUCUAAAUGUGUAAUUAAUUCCACGUAUUUUGUUACCAUGCGUGAUCAAGGUUAGGGAUCUAUUUUCAAGAUACCCGGGUUUUGGAUGAUAAUAGGGUUGUUUAUUAUGAGGCCUCACCAUUUGGACUUAUCGAAAUAGUGGCUCACGUGUAAGGAUUUCACACAAUCUCGCGAUUAAAAAAAUAUGAUUCCUUGACGGCUGCAAUAAGUUUACAAUCCAGCGUGGGCCGGGGAUCUUAUGAACAAUUUAUUGAGUGAGGUCAUGUUUACUUCAUUAUAUAUUUAUUGGGAUUCCCACCCCCACCUCCUCCUCUUUUUGCUUGAGAAAAUCAAAUUCUGACAGCAAGUUAAGCGUGUUGUUCUGGUUCAAAGGGAAACGACUGUGAAACGUGCAGUCACAAAUUCUAGUUUACAAGUUCUAACAUUUGAGAUGGUACAAUCGAGAUAUAUAUGAGAUAGUAUUCUCUUUUUAAAUUAUUUUAUGUAUGUUUUCUGCUAUUUAUUUGUAUAAAUAUACUCGCAUCAUUAUGAAGUCGUUGCUUGUUAAAAUCACCUUGUUUAAGUAAUGUUUUUUCUUGAAGACAAAAAGAAACAGCUUCAUGGAAGUAUACGUGUACAAUGUAAAUAUUUCAUUGGAACCAGUCGAUGCACAUAAAUAUAUCCGUACAGGUUUUUGCUGUAUUGCUGUUUUAGCUGAGGUAACUUAUUUCUGUAAUGUAUGUUGCUUUUGGUUCCUGGUUAAAUAAUUCUAUUAAUUUAUUACAUCCAUGUACUUUUAAUUUAUUUAAUUAUUGAACUGGAAUAUGUGUUUCAUUAAAGAACAAAACUUUAACAUUUAA